GCCUCACUGCGCAUGCGUCAGAGAUGCUAACAGCUCAGCUAGCUGUUUAUCAUCAUUACCAGAAGCUUCCCGUUUAUUUAUUUGUUGAUCAUUUCACUUUAAUUCAGCUUUAAUGUAACUUUCAGGCCGUGAACCGACAACACCGAGUUAAAACGCCACGAGAACCGGAUUAAAAACCGGUAGCUGCGGACUGCGUCGGUGUUUGUAGCCGGUUUGAUGGAGCUCAUUUAGCCGCAGACACAAACUAAGCUAAGCUAAUAGCCGCCGCGAUGAUCCAGUUCGUCCUGAUGGUGAACCGUCAGGGUCAGACUCGUCUGUCUCGAUACUACCAGUCGGUGGCGCUGAACAGGAGGGCGGCACUGGAGGCCGAUGUGGUCCGCUGCUGUCUGAGCCGCAAGAAGGACCAGUGUUCCUUCGUCGAGUACAAAGACUUCAAGCUGGUCUACCGGCAGUACGCUGCUCUCUACAUCGUGGUGGGAGUAACUGACAGCGAGAACGAACUCUCCAUCUAUGAGCUGGUUCACAACUUCGUGGAGGUUCUAGAUAAAUACUUCAGCCGUGUGAGUGAACUGGACGUAUCCUUUAACCCAACACAACACGUUAGCAACAUGCUAAUGCUAAAUGUAAAGAUGGAACAACCACAAAGACACAAAACAACCAUAGACACACAAAACGACCACAAAGACACAAAACAACCACAGACACACAAAACGACCGCAAAGACACAAAACAACCACAGACACACAAAACGACCACAAAGAGACACAAAACGACUGAACUUGUUAAAUCUGCUCUUUAAAGUUAAAUUUCUACUGCGUUGUUGUUUGUUUCCGUGACGCGAUGACGUCAUCAGAUCAUGUUCAACCUGGACCGAGUCCACGUCAUCCUGGACGAGAUGAUCCAGAACGGACACAUCGUGGAAACCAACAAGAGCCGAAUCCUGGCGCCGCUCUCCGCCAUCGACAAGAUGGCCGACAGCUGACAGGAAGUGAUGUCACAGACUGUAAAGUGUCGAUGACGUGACAACUCAGAGUUCAGAUCUGAUUAAAGACUCACUGAAGGUCGA